UCCGUCGUUUAUAUGACUGAAAAAUUGUUGAAAAAGACGUUAAACCCGAAUACACACACACACACACAUAUUUAUACCUUGUGUACUCAACUCCUCCUUUAGUUUCCAUUCAAUUCAAAUUGACCCAAAUGAUUUUCUUCUUGUUGUUGGGUUCAGCAUUGCACUGACACAAUUAUAGGUCAUAUGGUGACUUUCUAGCUUUGAUGGUUGAGGAAAACUCCAGGUGCCCUUUUGUGCAUUAUUUCAUCAUGGGCGGGCACCUGGGUAGAGCCACCAACCUUCCAUUUAUAAGCAAUAAGUUCAAAUGAAUAUUGGUAUACAUUAUAAACCUCAAUUGGACAUGUGUAUAUUGUUUAGAGUUCUAUGUCUCUCUUUUUAGAGUUAGCCAACUUUUUGGACUUGAAAUAUAAGUCUAUCAAGCAUUGUCAGAGGGCAUGUGUCAUCAGUGCUGUCAUCAUUCUUUUUCCUUCUAGACAAAAGUCUUUAGGCCUCACCAAAUUAAAAAGUUGUUCAUCGGAUUUGCCGCUCGUAUAUUUUCAGAAACACAAAAAAAAUAUUUUUUUUUGUUUUUGGCUUGCGCACGCCCCAUUGAAAAAAAUCAAUCCAAAAUUUUUUGGUGCGCUACUUUUUACGGACGUAAAAGUGUAUAAAUGCUUAUUAUUCUAGUCCUAGAUUGUUCUCAAAUGGAUUUUAAUCAAAAUAAAUACAUACUACGCACACAUCGUCUAUAAUAAAUCAUAACACUUACAUUUAGUUGCAUUAAAGUUGUUUCCCCUUGAUGCAGUUACGCCAUUUUCUUCAAAUGUUUACCAGGCUGGGCACAUCUCCCAAUCGGGGUAAAUUACCUCGUUCGGGGUAAUGUACCCCGAUCGGGGUACAACUAGAACAAUAGAAAAGCACAAAAAAUUUGAUAUUUCUUUUUUCUUUAAAGUGCUAACAUAAAUAUUUUUACUAAAGCUUUAUAUCAUCAUUACAAACAUGCCUAUGUACCAUUUUGUCAAUUUUGCACAUGUUAAAAAAUGGUGAAAUUCUGACAAAAAUCUGUUGAAAAAUUAUCAUAUUGUCAACUGUUUAUAUCAUACGAAGUUGACCCGAAAAUAUGAGCAUUAGCACUUCCUUAAUAAAAAAGUUAUCAAAAAUUUUGCACUUUUCUAUUGUUCUUCUUUUACCCCGAUCGGGGUAUAUUACCCCGAACGAGGUAAUUUACCCCGAUUGGGAGAUGUGCCCAGCCUGUUUACCAAAUUACAUGCUACAAAAUCGAUUUAUUUCAUUGAAAACUGGAUGAAGAAAAACAUACUAAUUUAUUUGAUAACAUCAAUCUUCAUUAUUUUGGCCUAAACAUUUCCAGAUUGUGUUGUGUGAUUAUGGUUUAGAAGACUGAUAUUUGUUGAGUGGAUAUUAUUUAAAAGAAAGGACACUACCAUUAACAACAGAUUGUGCAUUACAGAAACAGGCAGAUAAAAGUUACAUGCAGUGCCAGAGUACAUUUGAUAUAACUAAAAAAAUAUACAUAUAGUCGGAGGAAAUACAAUACACAGAUGGAUUAUGUCAUUUUAAUAUUCAUAGAAACAUGUAAUAUACAUGAGCUUACAAAUUGAUGAAAUUGCAGCUGAAUGUCACAAAUGCCAGAGUAAUUUAUGACUUUCUGAAAAGUAGUAUGGUGUAUUCAAGAACUAUGUAUUCAUAGGGGUCAGUCAUGGUUUAAUUCUUCAUGGAAAGCAUUCAUACCUCAAACAUGUUUAUGGAUGCAAAACCAGUUAGAAAACAUUAAUGGAGGAAGAAAAUGUACGGAAAGUCAGUUGUGUUGGAGUGCGACUGUACCAAUGUGAUGUCUGUUUUAAAAGUUUUACACAGAAAGGACAUUUAGAUAAGCAUGAGAAUAUUCAUUUUGAGGAGUGCCCCUACAAAUGUGACAUAUGCAACAUGAAAUUCAGCAUUGAAGCCAAUCUGAAAACACACGAGCGCAUCCAUUUCGGUGGAAUUUAUCAGUGUGCAGUAUGUCUGAAACAGUUCAAACUAAAGCAUCAGUUACAGAUGCAUAGACUAGUUCACAGUGGAGAAUGCCCUUUUCUGUGUGAUAUAUGUGAAAAGACUUUUAAUCAAAAAGCAAAUUUAGAAAGACAUAUACGUGUUCACUUAAAGUUACGACCGUACCAGUGUGUCAUUUGUUUUAAAAGUUUUAGGCAGAAAACGCAUUUAGAGGUUCAUGAGCAUAUUCAUUCUGGGGAAAGGCCUUAUAGAUGUCACAAGUGUAACAAGACAUUUUCUGUUAAAUGGAAUUUAAAAUAUCAUCAGGUUACUCAUAGUGGUGAAAGAUGUUUUCAGUGUGCAGUAUGUCUGAAACAGUUCAAAACGAAGAAUAGUUUAAAGAAACACAGAAUAACUCAUAGCCAAGAACGCCCUUUUGAGUGUGAUGUAUGUAAAAAGACUUUUUGUCAAAAAGUUAAUUUAGAAACUCACAAGCGUGUUCACACAAAUGAACGUCCAUAUAAAUGUGGAACAUGUAAUGAUUCUUUCAAAAAGAAGUAUCAUUUAAAAUGCCAUGAGUUUAUUCACUCAGGUGAGUGUCGUUACAAGUGUGAUUUAUGUAACAAGUCAUUUAGCACUACAAUGGCUUUAAAGAGCCAUAUGGUUUCUCAUUCUGACCAUCGUGCAUAUCAGUGUAAAUAUUGUGAGAAAACGUUCAAACGUAAGUUUCUCUUGCAAACUCAUGAGCGUAACAUUCAUUUGGGGGAGCGUCCUUUCAGUUGUAACAUAUGUCAGAAAACUUUUGCUGAAUCUAGAACAUUAAAAUGUCAUAAACGUUUGCAUACUAAUGAACGUCCUUACCACUGCGAUACUUGUAAUGCAUCCUUCAGACAACAAACACAUUUAAAAAUUCAUAAACGAAUUCAUACAGGUGAAUGUCCGUAUGAAUGUAAAGUAUGUAAUAAAAAGUUUAAACAGGCAUCAAAUUUCAAAAGACACAAGGUUCUUCAUACAGCAGAACGCCCAUAGUAUCAUAGUCCAUACAAAUGUGACAUAUGCAGUAAAACCUUUGGAGAUGGACAGGUUUUAAAAGUUCACCAAAGUGUACACAAGUUCUUGUAAAUCAUUGACAAGUGUUUUUUAUGUCUCUGUGAAGACCAUGGAUUCAUAAUAGUGUUUGAACCAUCUUUCCAUCACACAUUUGUAUACUCACCUCCAGUAGUUUUCAUCUCAUUCAAAUGAAUGUUUGUUUACAUUAUAAACAUGAAGUGGACAUGGGCAUAUUUUUGGGACUUUUAUGUCCACUUAUUUUUGGUGAAGCUAUAGACCUUUUUGGACUUUGCAAUAUUACAUCUGCAUCAAAACAUUGUAUAACCAACUUCUCCUACAGCUUCAAAUGAAACUUGAUAUACACUAUUGAAAUAAGAUGGACUUGUGCAUAUUGUCCAAUUAUUUUUUCUUGAGUUGUGGCCUUUAUUCAGACACAUCAGAGCAUUGUGUAUUCAACUUCUCUUACAGUUUCCAUCCAAUAGAUAUAUGGUAUAUAUAAUUAAAAUAAAUUGGACAUACCAGUAUGCAUAAUUUUGGUAGUUUCAUGUCCGAAAUUAUUUUUAGCUCGACUAUUCGAAGAAUAGUCUAGCUAUUCUACUCACACUGGCGUCGGCGUCACACCUUGGUUAAAGUUUUGCAUGCAAGUACAUAUGGCUAACAUUUAAAUGCUUAUAGCUUUGAAAUUUAUUUUUAUGAUUGUCCUGUCCGUCUGUUCGUUCGUUCGUCCGUCCGUACAAGGUUAACCAAAUGGGACCAUUUCGUCUAGCAUCAAUACCCCUUACUAUAAUGACUUGAUACUAAUGCAGAUGUAACCUGUGACCAUUCCUCAUCUUCAGACAUCACCUGACCUCAGUUUGACCUUGACCUCAUUUUGGACUUAGGUUGCUUUAUAUGGGCCAUCUCUUGGUUAACCAAAUGGGACCGUUUCGUCUAGCAUCAAUACCGCUUACAAGAAUGAAUUUAUACUAAAACAGAUGUAACCUGUGACCAUUCCUCAUCUUCAAACAUCACCUGACCUCAGUUUGACCUUGACCUCGUUUUGGACUUAGGUUGCUUUGUAUUGACAAGGAUGCCACCGGGGGCAUCAAGCGUUUAUUGAACGCAGCUCCUUGUUUCUUUUUCCAGGUCAUUUAUCGACCUCACUGGGUCAAGUCACACAACUCUGAUGUAUUUUGGCCAAAUUAUGCCCCGUUUUGGACUUAGAAAAUUCUAGUUAAAGUUAUGUCUCCCACCACACAGUUCUGUGGGAGACAUAUUGAUUUACUCCAGUGUGUGUGUGUGUGUGUGUCUGUCUGUCACAAAGCUUGUCCGCACUCUUAAGUCGAACAUUUCUCAUCCGAUUUUCACCAAACUUAAACAAAAUGUGUUUGAUCAUAAGACCUUGGCCAAGUUCGAUAAAUAGCCAAAUCGGUCUAGGCGUAUUGGAGUUAUGGCCCUUGAAUUACCAAAAAUCGGCCUUUUAACUCUUGUCCGCACGCUAAGUCGAACAUUUCUCAUCCGAUCUUCACUAAACUUGAACAAAAUAUGUUUGACCAUGAGACCUUGGCCAAGUUCGAUAACUAGCCAAAUAGGUCCAUGCAUUUUGGAGUUACGGCCCUUGAAUUACCGAAAAAUCGGCCUUUUUACACUUGUCCGCACUCUAAGUCGAACAUUUCUCAUCCGAUCUUCACCAAACUUGAACAAUAUGUGUUUGACAAUAAGACCUCGGCCAAGUUCGCUAACUAGCCAAAUCGGUCCAGGCAUUUUGGAGUUACGGCCCUUGAAUUACUGAAAAAUCUGCCUUUUUACUCUUGUCCGCACCCUAAGUCGAACAUUUCUCAUCCCAUCUUCACCAAACUUGAACAAAAUGUGAGCCAAGUUCGAUAACUAGCCAAAUCAGCCCAGGCACUUUUGAUUUAUGGCCCUUGAAUUACUGAUUGGAUCCACUUGUCCAGACCAUAUAAUUGGAUCCACUCGUCUAAACCAUCUAGAGAAACUAGACAUUUUUCAUAGGGGCAUUUGUGGGAGACAUGCGCUUUUCUCAAAAACAUCUAUAGUUUUACAUGCAAGUAACUAUCUCCAAAACUAAUGCAGAUAUUGAAUUGAAACUUCACGUGUCUUCGUGGUUAUGAAACUAGGGGAUAUUCUGAUAGCAUCAAGUCCCAUAACCCUGACAUACUUCUUGGCCAAAUUUUGCCCCCUUUAGGAUGCAAGUACAUAAUUAUGGCUAUCAUUUAAAGGCAUAUAGCUUUAAAAUUUCAUUUUUUCUUUUUCUAGGUCAAUUACCAUCCUCACAGGGUCAAGUCCCAUAACUCUGACAUGUAUUUCGGCAAAUUAUGCCCCCUAUUGGACUUAGAAAAUUCUGGUUAAAGUUUUACAUGCAAGUUACUAUCUCCAUAACUAAUGCAGAUAUUGAAAUGAAACUUCACAUGUAUCUUUGGGGUUAUAAAACUAGUUGAUAGCAUCAAGUCUCAUAACUCUGACAUGUAUUUUGGACAAAUUAUGCCCCCUUUUGGACUUAGAAAACUUUUGGUUAAGUUUUACAUGCAAGUUACUCCAAAACUAAUGCAGAUACUGGAUUGAAACUCUAUAGAUAUUUUAACAUUAGGGUAAUAUUCCUGCUUCAGGGACAACGAUUCGAAUAGUCAAGCACUGGCUGUCUUACGGACAGCUCUUGUUUGAGUUAUGGCCCAUUUUCAGGAUUUAAAAUAUUUUGUCUACAGUUUCUAUCUAGUCAAAUGAAACGCGGUAAGGGUAAUCAGUACUGAGGUAGCCAUGAGCAUUUUUGUCUAGGAAACAAGGGUUUUUAUUUUUAGUUAUGCCCCCAUCUUUCCCCCCAAUGCUGAAAACCCAUUAGGCAGAUAGUAUUUGAACUGUCUGAUAGUUCAUCUGUCACAGUAUCUUGUUUACUCAACCCUACUACAGUUUCCAUGUAUUUCAAAUGAAAGCUUGUAUAUACCAUCAAUAUCAAGCGGACCACCUGCCCGCUUAACUCAGUAGGUAAGAGCGUUGGUCUACGGAUCGCGGGGUUGUGAGUUCUAUCCUCGGGCGGGGCGUAUGUUCUCCAUGACUAUUUGAUAAACAACAUUGUGUUUGAAAUCAUUAGUCCUCCACCUCUGAUUCAUGUGGGGAAGUUGACAGUAACUUGCGGAGAACAGAUUUGUACUGGUACAGAAUCCAGGAACACUGGUUAGGUUAACUGCCCGCCGUUACAUGACUGAAAUACUGUUGAAAAAUGGCUUUAAAUCCAAAACAAACAAACAAACAACAUCAAGUGGGCAUGUGCAUAUUUUCUGGACUUUUUUGACUGUUUAUUUUUAUCUCGACUGUUCAAAGAGUAACAAGGGCUCUGCAUCCAUGUUGGGUUAGUUUUUCUGAUCGCUCGAUGUCCGGCGUCCGUCGUCUGUCUGUCGUCUGUCUGUCUGUCAACAUUUAGCUUGUGUAUGCGAUAGAGGCUGUAUUUUUCAACUGAUCUUCAUGAAACUUGGUCAGAAUGAUUGCCUUGAUGAAAUCUAGGCCGAGUUUGAAAAUGGGUCUUCUGGGGUCAAAAACUAGGUCACUAGGUCAAAUCAAAGAAAAACCUUGUGUAUGCGAUAGAGGCUGUAUUUUUCAAUUGAUCUUCAUGAAUAUUGGUCAGAAUGAUUGCCUUGAUGAAAUCUAGGCCGAGUGCGAAAAGGGAUCAUCUGGGGUCAAAAACUAGGUCACUAGGUCAAAUCAAAGAAAAACCUUGUGUAUGCGAUAGAGGCUGUAUUUUUCAACUGAUCUUCAUGAAUAUUGGUCAGAAUGAUUACCUUCAUAAAAUCUAGGCCGAGUUCAAAAAAAGGUCAACUGGGGUCAGAAACUAGGUCACUAGGUCAAAUCAAGGAAAAACCUUGUGUAUGCGAUAGAUGCUGUAUUUUUCAAUUAAUCUUCAUGAAUUUUGGUCAGGAUGAUUGCCUUGAUGAAAUCUAGGUCAAGUUCGAAUAUGGGUCAUCUGGGGUCAAAAAGAAGGUCACUAGGUCAAAUCAAAGGAAAAGCUUGUAUAUGCCAUAGAGGCUGUAUUUUUCAAUAGAUCUUCCUGAAAUUAAGUCAAAAUGAUAACUUUAAUGAAUUCUAGGCCGAGUUCGAAAAUGGGUCAUCUGGGGUCAAAAACUAGGUCACUAGGUCAAAUCAAGGAAAAAACUUGUGUAUGCGAUAGAGGCUGUAUUUUUCAAUUGAUCUUCAUGAAUAUUGGUCAGAAUGAUUGCUUUGAUGAAAUCUAGGCCGAGUUCGAAAAUGGGUCAUCUGGGGUCAAAAACUAGGUCAUAUCUAAGAAAAUACUUGUUUAAAUUCAAGAGACCACAUUUUUAGUCCAAUCUUAAUGAAAUUUGACCAAAAUAUUUGUUUUCAUGAAAUCACUAGGUUAAACAUGUUUACACUGUUAGAGUGUGUUUCUCAGGUGAGCGACCUAGGGCCAUCUUGGCCCUCUUGUUUAUGAAGUCCAAUUAUAUCUUUUAUAACUUAAGAUAUUCAGUUGAAACUUGCUGAAUUGGCUCGUAGUGACAGUGUACAUUAGUGUGACAAUGUGAGUAACAGUACCUGCAGUAUUGCCAGAGUUAUACCCAUUUUUAACUUUCAAAAUUGGUUAAAGUUUUUCAAAGAGUACAGUACCAUGUUUUUAACCAUUACAGAUACUUUGUUAAAUCUUCACACUCAUCUUUUAGGUAGCAACACAAAUUUACGGCAUCAAGUGCUAUAAGUCUUACACGAGUUUUAUCCCUGUUCUUGGACUUAAGAAAACCUAGCUUGAAGUUUUGCAUACAUCCAAAGUCAAUGCAGAUAUUGAAUUGAAACCUUAUACAAGUUGAGGUGAAUAAGAUAUGGUAAAAGGUGCAUGUCCCAUAACUCUGAACUUUAUUUGGCAAAGUUAUGCACCUGUUUGAUUUUGGAAAACGUGGGUUAAGUUUUGAAUGGAAAUUAUUAUCUCCAAAACUAAUGUACCGAUAGUUUCUUGACUGAAACUUCACACAGAUGUUUGGUGCAGUUGGACAAUUAUACGUAUGUUUAGAUAUAAAAUCCAAUGUACUGACAAGCCCUUAAAUAGUUGAGCAUGCUGUCAUGAGACAGUUGUUGUUUCUUGUGUUAUGCACAUGUUCAUAUUUCAAAAAGUGUAUGACCUAGAGUCGUCAACAAUUAUAUGUAAAAUAUUAUAGAACUGUUAUUCAGCUUGUAAAGUUGUACACAAGGUUUUUCCUCUGUCAGACCAGAGUUACAGCCCUAUAUGCAUAAGGAUUCUAUUGUGUCAUAGGUAUUUCAAAAAUAAAUGAACAAAUCUUA